GGCAGCAAGCAGGAGCAAGAGACGGAGACGAAGAAGAAUAAUGACGCGAAUGCUAAACGGAAAAUAGAAGAGACUGAGUACUGCUUAGUGAAUAUUAAAUUAACGCCGUUACCUCGAAAUAUUCCCAUUGAACAUAGCUGCAUUACAUUUGCUGAACUAUGACAGAGCCUCAGUCAGCGUUGUUACUCAGGAGACAGCUUGCAGAGCUGAACAAAAACCCAGUGGAGGGAUUCUCAGCAGGCCUGAUCGAGGAUAAUGAUCUCUACAGAUGGGAAGUCCUUAUUAUUGGGCCUCCGGACACACUGUAUGAAGGUGGUGUGUUUAAAGCUCAUCUGACAUUUCCCAAAGACUACCCUCUCAGGCCACCUAAAAUGAAAUUUAUCACAGAUAUUUGGCACCCAAAUGUUGACAAGAACGGAGAUGUAUGUAUUUCUAUUUUGCACGAGCCUGGGGAGGACAAGUAUGGCUAUGAGAAACCAGAAGAACGCUGGCUACCUAUCCACACAGUGGAAACCAUUAUGAUUAGUGUUAUCUCUAUGCUGGCAGACCCAAAUGGUGACUCACCAGCCAAUGUGGAUGCUGCAAAGGAGUGGAGGGAGGACAGACAUGGCGCAUUCAAAAGGAAAGUUGCCCGUUGUGUACGAAAAAGCCAAGAGACUGCAUUUGAGUGAUAUUUAGCAAGGAACUAGCUUCAUGUUUUCAGGGUCUCCAAUUGAAAAUCAAUAUGGCACUGUUUCCUGCACUCUUCCACCUUCUUGCCAGGCUUGUCCUCCUUUGUUUUGGCAGGAACAGACUGGCUACCGUAGGCUGCAAUAGAACAUAACAGUGACUACCAAGGAUGACAGAAAAUCGCCAAGCAAGUGCCAACUCAAAAAACAAACAAGAAAGCCCAGAAGAUGAUUAAACAUUUUUCGAGUCUAUGAACUGCUUCAACAUUCAGGAAGAUAUUGUAAAGACAUGUAUAUAGCACAGACUAAACUGGAUAAUAUAUACGCUCCCUUCCAUUCAUCAAGACAUUUAGACCAAAUGAAUAGUGCUGGUUCGGAUAGAUUUAUUUUCGUCCAUUUUCCUUCUUUCAGCUCCAGCAUGCAUUAGUUUUCUUUAGCUUGUUUUCACAGGAGGUCUUAAAUAGGAAGAGAAUCACAGUGCUGUUGGAGGAAUGUCACCUGUGAAGAGCUUGGCUGAUUCAAGUGAGAAGUGACUGAGGAUUACCGCCAUAUUAGAAUACACAGCUGUUCUCUUGGGUUCUUUAACACUCAGAACUGAACAUCAUGUGUACCUGAAUGAUUUUGUUUUUCGUUGUCAGAAGUCUUACCAUCCUGCUCAGUUGACUGAAGAAAGAAACAUACCCCUUAAUUUUUGUGCAUGCUAAAUUUUGUUUAUCUUUUUUUUCAAAAGUGCCUCCUAAGAAAAUGCUUGGCCACUUCACCCUGCAUUGAACAAUUGUUAAAAAUGUUUGUUUUUUUUUUUUUAAAAAAAGGGGAAAUUGUGAACCACAUACAGUAUAAGUUUAUUAUAUAGCCAACACACAGGGAAUCUGUUUAAGUAGGGUAUUAGUAACAAUUUGGUGUAGCAAUAACUCAGCUAGUAUGAAGUGUACACAUGUUAAUUUUUGGUAUCCUGAUACAGUUUGAGGUCCUACUCUCCAAUAUUCUUUUAUUUUAGCAGCGCCUCUUUCCUUGUCUGUGUUGUCCUCGGUAGGAGUUGUUAUGCAUGCUUUAUCUUACUUUUUUUGGUUUGAUUUUUUUGCUGAAUGUUUUUGGGUUUCCGUUUGCGAAUGUUCGAGUGUUUGUGUAUACAGUAUGUGUUCCCGUUUUGUUUUAUCGCUCUUUCCCCUCAUCCACAAUCUCAUGAUUAUUCUGCUCACUGAACUAUUACAGUUUUGCCUAAUGUACAAAGAGAAAAUACUGAUGUAUAUUUUUCAUGUUAUGAAACCUGUCACCUGUAGUGAGUUCUUCUAAAAUAUGACUUUUUUUCAAUA